CCCGUGGGUUAAUAUUUGUAACAGCGGCCUGAUUCGAAAGGUAAUUAGUAGUAAACGACAGAGGUGGUGUCUACGCCGGGGCAGCUGUUCGGGACCGCGGUAAGGACACUGACGCCUGCAGCGGAGCUAGCAAACAUUAGCCGUUAGUCAUUAUGGUAAACCAAAGUCAAAACUGUCAUCUGGUUCAGGGGGAUUUUCAGGCUUAGGAGCUGGAAAGUUCUUGGGACGUUUUCGGAGUCUUGGUUUGCUUCCUCUCUACAGAAAACAACCGUCGGUAACGAGCCUUGAGGAGUCCACUGUCAGGAGCAGAGGAUGAGGAGAUGAAUGGAGUGACAGUGGAAGCAGAAGAAAGAGGAGAGGACUAUCAGCAGCUUCCUGCUCAAGGAGAGACGAGUCCCGACACCGAGGCGCCGCCUGCACAAGAGGAACCUGCAGGAAAACAAAGCAGCCGUCAGUCAAAACGCCGUCACCGCUGCUCAGUAUGCAGCAGGGAGUUUUCCCGCCCAUCUCGUCUGGCGGACCACCUGGCCACGCACACGGGCGAAAAACCUCACAGCUGCAACGUGUGUGGGAAGCGCUUCACAAAGAAGAUAAACGUGACGGUGCAUCAGCGGAUUCACACCGGUGAGAAGCCGUACUCCUGUCCGGACUGCGGGGUCAGCUACGCCCAGCUGGGCUGCCUGCGGAGGCACCGCAUCCAGCACGCCGCCGAGAAGCCCCACCAGUGCUCGGUGUGCGGGCGAGGAUUCGCCGAGCGGCGGCAUCUCGUACAGCACGAGCGGACGCACACCGGAGAGAGGCCGUUCUCCUGCCCGCUGUGCCCCAAACGCUUCGCCUCCAGGUCAGGUCUCAGCGACCACCAGAAGACCCACAGAGUGGAGAACCUGCACUGCUGCUCCUUCUGUGAGAAGGUCUUCUCCACGCCGUCGGCCCUCAGGGAUCACGUGAGGCUCCACACGGGACAGAAGCUCCACCCCUGCUCGCUGUGCAGCAAGAGCUUCAACCGGCCGGGCCUGCUGAGGAAACACCUGCAGAAACACGCCGAGGAGAAACGAGCGGCCGCGGCUGAAGAUGCUGCGAACAGCGAGGAAAAUCCUACUCGCUGCCUCGUGUGCCGCAAAGAGUUCUCCACCGCCGAGAAGCUGCAGCAGCACAAGCAGCUCCACCAGGGGGGGCUGCAGUUCGUCUGCGACAUCUGCGGCCGGGGUUACACCAGAGCGUCGCGGCUCAAGGAGCACAUGAGGUGUCACACCGGAGAGAGACCGUACCAGUGCCACGUCUGCAAGAAGCGCUUCUCCCUGCAGCGAGUGUUCAGGAAGCACCAGCAGAUCCACUGCAGGGAGGGCCACGCCCCCGCCACGCCCCCGGACCACAGCUCAACGCCGUCAGGAGGCGACCACCAGCUCAGUGACAGCAGCGUGGAGGGGAUGUCAUCAGGUACUGACGGUCUGAACGAGCUGAAGGUCGAGCACGGAGAGGACGUGGUGCAUUCACUGCCUGACAGGAAGAAUCUCUACAUCUGCUCCGUCUGCGGGAAGAGCUACUCAAGGCCGUCCAGACUCAGAGAGCACUUCAAGAUCCACGCCACAGAGAAGCUGCACCGCUGCUCGGUGUGUGGGAAGUCCUUCACCACCACCACCAACCUGAGGGCGCACGAGAAGAUCCACAUGGCCGACAAGCCCCACCCCUGCAGCAUCUGCCCCAAGAGCUUCCUGAGGCCCUGCCUGCUCCGCAAACACAUGAGGAUCCACAUCAGGGACGGACUCAUCGCAGACCCCGCCGACAAGGAGUUCUGGCUUAACAUGCAGACUGUGGAGGAGGAGAGAGAGGAGAAGGGAGGGCUGAUGAUGUAUCUCUUUAAUGGACUUUUCAAAGAUGCUGAAAAACUGAAAUGCUCCAAAACAAACUUCCCUGAUGGUGAUGAAGUGAAAUGUGUUGACCAGAGUCUGAGCUUCAUCAACAACAGAGCAGUGAGUUUUAUUCUUCUAUUAAACUGUCUAAUGAUCCUCCAGGACUCGGAAGACAUUUUCACCACCACGCAGUCCUGCAUCCCCAAAUCCAGACCUCUACUUGGUAACCAUGACGACCACAACAGUUUGCUGGUGAAGGAGGACGACAGUGGGGAAGGAGACGUCAGUGGUUUGAUAAACUCUGAUGGAGAGGAAGAAGACUGGAAACCAAUGGUCAUCGAAGCUGAUGGCCGCUCAGAGGUGCAGGUAGACGGUGGCGGCGACGGUAAAAGCAAACACUGCUGUCCCGUGUGUGGUCGCGACUGCUUCAAAGCGUCAGCUCUACAGAAACACCUGAGGAUCCACUCCGGCGAGCGUCCGUUCCAGUGCCCCACCUGCAGGAAGAGCUUCACCCAGCAGGUCCACAUGACAGAGCACCAGAGGAUCCACACCGGAGAGAAGCCCUACACCUGCAACGACUGUGGCAAGAGCUUCACCUUCUCCAGCGCCCUGCGCCGACACCAGCGGCUGCACACUGACGCCCGGCCGUACCAGUGCUCCGUCUGCCAGAAGACCUUCAAACAGCAGAGCUCGCUCAAGAGCCACCAGCUGACGCACUCGGGAGUCCGAUACCAGUGUCCGGUCUGCAGCAAGAGCUUCAGCCGCGCCCUCGAGCUCACCUACCACGUGGAUGUGCACUCAGAGGCCCGGCCAUACUUCUGCAACAUCUGCAAGAAGAACCUGAGCGGCGCCAGGAUCUUCCGCAACCACAUGAAGAAACACGAGUCUCAGAACUCGCCGCUGCCGCUGAUGUCACCGCCACAAGAUGGACCGUUGUCAGACUGAAACCACCGGAGAGACACUGACCCACAGAGCCGAGUUCAGUCAGUUCAUCACGUCAGUUCCAAGAGAAACUGAACGACUUUAAAGGCUUUAAAGGGAUAGUUCAACAUUUUAGUUCAAUGUCUGAGAGUCAAGUUCAAACCUGGAGGCAGGAUGUGGUUAUCCUAGCUUAGCAUAAAGACUGGACACAGGGAGAAACGGGGAGCCUGGCUCUGCCAGCAGAAGUGUGAACAGUUUGUUUGUCGCUUUAGACGUGUUGGCAGGUGUGUUUGUGUGUUUUGGACAGAGCUAGCAGACUUCUUCAAUAUUCUCUGAUUUAAAAGCAGCAGGUAGAUCAUGAAGCUGCGUCCUCUCUGGUCCCCUGACGCAACAUUCAAUAUAUAAUAAUAUAUAAUGAUAAUGUAAUAAUAAAUAUAUAUAAUAUAUCAUUUUCUCAUCCCACAUAUUUCAGAAAUGGAUCUGGAAGAAAUGUCACUUAUAAACAGAUGUUGUUGUUGACGAUAUGAAGGUCAGAGGUCAGCCACAGAGCCACGCCCCCCCCCAGCCUGCAGGGGUUCAGUGCCUUGCUCAAGGACACUUUGUAAGGUUGAUCAGUCAACCCAAAGACGGUUUGCGUUUACCCACGAGGCCGUUCUGCUGCUACUGAGUGUGUGAGUGUUUCUAUCACUAACCCUGUAGGAACCAAAGGGACUGAACGUGUCUGAGUUACUGUCUGAGACAGUUUUUUUAUUAGGAAUCACUGAAACUCAAUAAAGUCACUCAGACAAAACUCCUUCAUCGAGUCUCUUACAUCAGCUGAGAUGAUUUCAGAUCAAAGAUUAUCCUGUGACGUGUCUUUGCCUUUGACAUGGACCUGGACGUCCGAUCACAUUGAGUCAAUGUCCUUCAGCGGUCCAGAUCCUGCUCCUCGUUUUCUUAUGAUCAGCUGGUUCAAUCACCAUCGUCAUCAUCAGUUUCACUUUCAGGCAUCAACAAGGUCUCAGUCUAAACUGACAACAGGC